AUGGCUCCUGGUGCGAUCUAUGAAGGACAUGUUGGUGGCCCUGUCGAUUCAACGACCACGGUUGUUGUGGUUGGGGCAGGCCCAUCAGGAUUGAUGCUAGCAUGCAACCUUGCCCGCUUCGGUAUCGGUGUUAAAAUUCUGGAUGAUCGCCCAAACAAGACCUCCACUGGAAAAGCGGACGGUAUGCAACCGAAAACCAUUGAGACUUUCAAACAAAUGCGACUCGCCGAGCCCUUGUUGAAAAAUGCAGCUCGUGUGUACGACAUCUCAUUCUGGCAAUCAACAGCAGACGAACCACUCCAACGGACCGGUCGCCAAACACACUACCCCGACCACCUUGUCGGCGCCUCUGACCCUUAUAUCCUUCUUGCACAUCAGGGCAUGGUUGAGGAGGUUCUGAUUGAUGACAUGGAAUCCAGGGGUCUCUUCGUGACGCGGAACAGCAGAUUUACCAGUUGCGCUCGCGUGCCUGGUACUGGACAGCUGGAUAUAACAUAUCAGGAUAUAUCAACGAAUACCAUCCAAAAGAUCCGCGCAGACUAUCUGGUUGGAUGUGAUGGUGCCCGCUCCAAAGUUCGAACAUUUAUCCCUGAUGCUGAUCUAGAGGGUGAAAUGACGAACGCGUCAUGGGGUGUGCUGGAUGGCGUCAUUGACACCGAUUUUCCCGACCUGUGGAGCAAGGUUGCAGUUCGUUCUCAUGUUGCUGGCUCCAUUCUUUGGAUUCCUAGAGAGAGAAACAUGACUCGACUCUAUGUUCAACUGAGUUUCACGGAUGGCGAAAGAGUGGAUAAAACGAAAGCUACGCCGGAAUAUGUCAUGCAGCGAGCUCGUGAGGCAAUGCACCCAUUCAAAUUGGAGUGGAAGACAGUUGAAUGGUUCGGCAACUAUGUCGUUGGCCAACGCGUCGCCAAACAAUUCAUGGAUUCAGAGGCUCGAAUCUUGAUCGCCGGUGAUGCUGGCCACUGCCAUUCAGCUCUGGCUGCCCAAGGAGCCAAUACAAGUAUGCAUGAUAGCUUCAAUCUGGCAUGGAAGCUAAACCUUGUGAUUCGGGGACUGGCAAAGCGAGCACUUUUAUUCACCUACGAAGAGGAGCGUCAGAAGAUAGCUUAUGACCUCAUCAGAUUCGAUGCUGAACAUUGCAAAGCAUUCUCACAAGGCGAGGCUGCGCUUGCAAGGAACUUCGAUGAAAACAUCCGCUUCAUCUCAGGUAUAGGAGCAGAAUACUCCGCAGGUAUUCUAACCCGACACAACCAAAAUAUCACAACCAAGCUGCAGCCUGGUGCAUUACAGCUUCCAGGGAAGGUGACUCGGUUUAUCGACGCUAACCCUGUGGAUAUUCAACUCGACAUACCGAUGUUGAGCCAAUUCCGACUGUUUUUCUUCCUUCCGAGCGUUCCGAGAGCAAAGGAGUUCUUGGCAAGCAUUUGCGAUACUCUCACUAGCCCUGCCAGUACUUUGGGACAAGCAUCAUCGAGGGCCCUGCAAUCUUAUACCAAGAAUUCAUUAGGGGAGACUUUGUCCGAUGAGUUUGUACAGCCCCAAAGAUAUACAUCGACGUCCACUGUUUUCACGGUUGCCAUGAUUACGCAAUCUCCAAAGAGUACUUUUGAAAUUGCAGAUUUGCCAAAGCUUCUCCAAGACAGUCGUUGGACCCUAUACCUGGAUAAUACUGACACCCCUCGGUGUACUGAGAAGUGGUUUGGAAUUCUGGGAGAAGACGAUGUCGGGGUCGCAAUUAUUCGUCCGGACGGAUAUAUCGGGAGCAUUGAUAUUUGGGACUUGAGUGCUUCAAAAGCGGUCGAGAUGUGGAUAGAAGAGUAUUUUGCACCUUUUAUGUAA